AUGUUUGCGUCGACCCUUCAUGGCAGCCUCAUUGCCCUCGUAGCAUGUCUCGCCCUGUCGUCGACGCACAUUGCCGCUGCGCAUACCGAGGAUGAGGAUCUCGGGACCGUCUUGUCAUCGCAGAAGAAUUUGUCGACAUUUUAUGGCCUGAUCAAGAUUAUCGCCCCCUCCAAUGCCGCAUUCGAGAACAUCCCGGGCACAUCUCUCAACGGCAUCUGGGAUCCAAAGAACGCCUCGAUAGCAGUGCCAAUCCUCGAGUACCAUCUCCUCAAGGGCAUCGUCAACACCGAGGACCUCGCGCCGGGGCCUUCCAUCUUUGCGGCCACGCUCCUUACUUCGCCGGCCUGGACCAACGUCUCGGCCGGCCAGAACGUCGUCCUCGCUCGGCAGCCCGGCGAUGUCGUAGUCUUCACAUCGGCCCAGGGCUCCCGCACAACACGCACGCGCGGCGACAUUGCCUUUGCCGGCGGCCUCAUCCAGGUGAUCGACAACCUCCUCAUCCCGCCGACGCCGCUCAGCGAGACGCUGCAGGCCUUUGGCCUCAACGCCUUCCUCGGCGCACUCCAUGCCAGUGACCUGCUCAGCGCCCUGCAGGGCGACGAAGAUCUGACCAUCUUCGCGCCGCGGGACGAGGCGUUCCGCCGCGUCGGCGCCAGCCUCGACGCCCUCGGCGCCGACGAGCUGCGCGACCUGGUGCGUUAUCACGUCGUCCGCGGCCGGGUCGCCGCCUCGGCGACGCUGACGAAUGGGACACGCCUCGCUGCUGCCGGGGGCGGCGACGUCAGCGUGCGCAGGGCCGGGAACAACCUGUUCGUCAACUCGGCGCAGGUCGUGCAGCCGGACAUCCUCAUCGCGAACGGCGUGGUCCACGUCCUCGACAACGUGCUCAGCCCACGGGCGGCGGCGGCGGUGCCGGACCCAGACUCGGUGAGCCAGGCGCCGGUGUGGUCGGCGGGCGGAGACGGUCAGGGGACGCCGUUCACGAGCGCGAUUCCCUGCAGCGAGGACUGUCCGGCGACGACGACCGCGGCGGGCUCCGACGGUACUGAGCGGAGCACGGCGAGGCUCACGACUACGGACGGGGUGAGCGGGCCGACGGCAAGUCCGGAUGCUGCGGGCAGGGAGUUUGAGGCCGGCACGGGGUUGUGGGCUGCAGCUGGGUUUGCCGUUGUUGCGAUGUUGGGAUUGUAG